AUGAGUAAUUCAGAUCAUUCUGAACAAAAUGCUCACCAGAGGAAUGAUGAUGAAAGAUCACGAGUGUUAAGAGAACAUGGAUUCACCAUGAAAAAAGAACUUGAACCAGGGAAGUCAGGGAGAGCAUUUCUGGUGACCAAUACAGAGGGAGAUUUAUGUGUGGUCAAAGAGAUCAGCUACAGAGAUGAGAAUAAUUUCAGCACAGUUAAAGAGGAAGUUGAGAUGUUGAAGACUCUGGUCCAUGGAUAUAUUGUUACGUAUGAGGAUUCAUUUGAAGAUGAAGAAGCUGGACUCUUCUAUGUGGUGAUGGAGCAUUGCACAGGAGCAGAUUUUUACCAGAGGAUGCAAAUACAGAUAGAAAAGGGGAUUUUUGAAGAACAACAGAUCAUUGACUGGCUUGUGCAAAUUUGUCUGGCUCUUCAGUACCUCAGUGACAACAAUGUGCUUCACAGAGAUAUAAAUCCUCAGAAUAUUUUUCUGACUGAAAAUGGCUACAUAAACCUAGGUGUUUUUGGAUGCUCAAAAAAAAUAGAAAGAUAUAAUGCAUACAAAAAACCAGUUGUGGUUGCUGACCUCUAUGUCAGUCCUGAUGUUCUGUCAAAAGGUUGCAAGAGUGACAUCUGGUCAUUGGGAUGGUUACUCCAUGAUCUCUGUAUGCUGGAUGUGUGGUCAAAUAACCUAGAGCGCCACUAUCUCCAUGCUCUCAGCCUGAAAGGAACCACCCCUCAAAUCUCAGAGAGAUACUCAGAGGAACUACGGGAAUUAAACAGAGAAAUGCUCAGCCGUGACCCUAAAGACAGACCUUCAGCUGAUGAGAUUCUAGCAAAACCAUUCCUGAAAGAUGCUGUGAAGAGAAACAAGGGAAUUCCAGAAGCACUUGAGCAAAGCUUAAAGAAGGCCAUCAAGUCCUUUAAUAAGGCCUACAGUGAGCACUAUAAAGACUUUGAGAUCUUGGUUAGUGACUGGGAAAAAACAAUAGAUUCUCUAGAGUCUGUACAUUACAGCGCCACAGCAGGCAGUCUGUCAGGAGCAGUGAUUGGAGCAGCUGGAGGAAUCACUGCAUUAGUUGGUGUAGCUUUGGCUCCUUUCACUUUUGGAGCAUCUCUGAUUGUAACAGGUAUUGGUGUUGGAGUUGGAGUUGCAGGUGGUGUAACUGGUGCUGCAUCCAACAUUACCAAUACAGUCAAACAAAAGUCAUUUCGUGAGAGCCUUGAACAAAUUGAGCAGAAGUAUAGAAAUGUAAGCGAACCGAUCCUCAGUUCUUUGAAUACACUGAGAAGGGUCCUGAGAAAAAUAUUCAAGUUCUCUAUUUUUGUUAGAGGCUCAACUCUUGAUAACAUACAGACGGCAUGGAAGGUCAGCAGAAGCACAGCAGACUGUGCCACUGGUCUAGUGAGUCUGGGGAUGUUGGCAAAUGUUGGCAGAAUUGCUGUUCAGGCUGCCAAAAUCGGCCGAGCAGCAGCAGCAGUAUCAGGUGUGUUGAGUGGACUCUUGGUUAUUGCUGACGUCGCCUUCAUAGUGAAAGAUUCCCGAGAAAUACAUGAGAUGAGACAGCAGUGGAAAACAGAUGAUCCAGAAAAAGUCUCAUCCAGUGUGCUCAAGUCAAUUGCACAGAUGAGAAAAACACACAAAGACCUUUGCAAUAUCUUAAAGGAAAUCAAAGAAACAAGAGAAGAAUUAAACGACUAUAUAAAACUGACCAGAGGUGACAGAGAUUAA